AUGUUGUUAAAAAAUAUUUUAUUUAUUUUUUUUAUUUUAUUUUUUAUUCCAAAAUGUUUUGCAACAUUUUCGUCGUCAUUUCGAGAAUUUUUAAGAAAUUAUGGAGGAGAACAACUCGAUAGGGAACUUUCACGUGAAGAUGUUGGAACUGGGGGAAGUUUUGGUGGUGGAAAUCAUAAAGUUGGGGAACAGACAAGGCACGAAAUUUUAUUACUUCGUCCGGUAAUUAUAGUUCAUGGCAUAACAAACAGCGCUGGACAAUUUGAACAAAUUAGACAAUAUUUUUUGACUCAUGGUUAUGGAGAUGAAGAAGUUUAUGCAACAACAUAUGGAGAUGCUGGGAAAACAAAUGUUUUGUUUGUAACAAUGCAGUGCCAUUAUGUUAAAAUGAUUCGUUUAAUGAUACAAACAGUUGCUCAAUAUACCACAAGUAAAGUCAAUAUAAUUGGUAUUUCUAUGGGAUCUCCAAUUGCAAGAAAAGUAAUCUUUAAAAAAUUCUUGAAAUUUUUUUUAAUUUUCAAGGCAAUAAUGGGAGGCAAUUGUGUAGAUACAAACGAUAAUUUAGGGCCCCCACUAACUGAUUUAAUACACACUUUUGUUGGAGUAGCCGGCGCUAAUUGGGGCUCAUUUCUUUGUAUUAUUCCCAUUGGAAGUUGUAAUUUAAUUAAUGGAAUGGCUUGCGGCUCGAAGUUUUUAAAUGAUAUUAAUUCGAGGCAAAGAUAUGAGGGCAAUUUUAUUUUUACAAUAUUUUCAACGGGUGAUGAGAAAGUUGGUUACCAAGCUUGUGGACGUGUAGCCAGCAGUAUUGCUGGGGAAAAUCAAAACUUUAAGGUAAAAAAAAGAAAUUUGAAUAUAGUAAAGCCUGACUAUAAGAUACACCAAAAACUAGAUAAACCACUAUUUAAGAGACGUUUUAAAAAGUUUGUUUAUCGGAGAUACAGUAAAGCAGCUGGGCUACAGCUAUUUCUCUCCUUUAGCUAG